AUCCCAGGAUUGGAGAUCUCCGCGAGGCUUUGAUGCACAUCUAUAGCAACAUCUACGUCGAGUACGUCGUGAAGAAUCCUCUCUACUCUCCCGGCCAGCCUUUCAGAUGCGAAUUGUUUAACAUGGCAUUGGAUCACUACGUCAAGACCUUGCAAUAGUGCCACGUCAGGACCACGCAGAAUGCCACCUGGCAGGGUUUAUGGUGUGGCGCCAAUGUGGAGUGGUCUUCGAGAGCGCGAGCUCGGGGCACCGCCAUGGCGCUACGCUGCUUCUGUUCGCCGGAUGAGAUCUCACGCAUUGGAGCUGUGCAAGACCAAGGAUGUGAUUUCGUCUGGCAGAGGCGCUGUGAACAGCUUGCAGAUUGAUCCCGUGGAAGCUAGAUAUAUGCUUGCUGGCAAUGGAAAUGGAUCGAUCAGUGUCUAUGACAUAUCACAGCCAACGACGGUGGAGCAUUACUCUCAAAAGCACGAAGCUCUCUUUUCUAUUGACAAAGCCCAUAGGUACUCCGUUUCAUCAGUUCGAUGGUAUCCAGUGGACACUGGAAUUUUUAUCUCUGGCUCGUUCGACAAGCAUAUAAAUGUUUGGGAUGCAAACACUCUCGAGGUGCUGAUGCAAUUCAAAAUGCCAGGGAAGGUUUUCGGUGUAAGCAUGUCACCCGUUUCUACGACUCACAUGCUUAUAGCUACAGGCACGGAGGACUAUCGCAUAAGGCUUUGCGAUAUAUCUUCUGGUGCUUUCACCCACACCCUUAGCGCUCACCGAGAUGCUGUUUGGGCGGUGAAAUGGUCUGCAUCUUCCGAAUGGAUUUUAAUUUCCGGAGGUUGUGACGGUGCGAUCCGGUUGUGGGACAUAAGACGUGCGGGUUGCUUCUAUGUUCUUGACCAGCAUCGUUCUUCUGCUUCUCAGGAAGCGAAAACUUCUAAGGAUGCCACUCCUGGACGAGUUCAUCCAGGCUUGACUUCGGCUCUGGACCGUUCCACGGCGCACUAUGGCACAGUGACAUCGCUCCAGACAAGCCGCGACGGACACUACCUUCUUAGUGCGGAACACAAUGUGCCAGGCAGUGAUUCCAGAGUCAAGCUAUGGGACAUAGAAAGGGGCUGCAAUACUCUUGUGAAUUACGAGGCAACAAACAUAAAUGGAAACCUGACGUGCGAACUUGAGGUCUCUGGAGACAAGCCACUGGUGUUCGUUCCAUGUCUAACCUCGAUACAGGUGUACGAUAUGUUGAGCGGUCGCUUGCUUUCCACCUUAAAAGGACACUAUGAACUUGUAAAGUGCUGUGCUUAUCACAGUCAAUCACAGGAACUCUACAGCGGAAGCAAUGAUCGUAGAAUACUCGUUUGGUCUCCAGAACAGUCGGUUUCCGAGGACGAAGCUCUUGGGACUAUUGCGGCUCAAGUGCAAGCCGACGAGGACAAUUGGAGCGAUUGACUAAAACUAUAUUUUUUGUAACAUUAACUAACGGUUGAAUUCAACUCUUAUUUGGCC